CUGACUUUUUCCCAUUUGAUGGACUUUGGGACCUCGUUGAAGAUCAGGAGUGGAUCACCUGAAGAAAAUCCAAAAUGUACAAAUAUGCAAAGCAAAGUUGUUUCACGAAGAAAUCCAGAGGAUGUCCAGGAGAUAAUCGUAUGGAAGAGAUACAGUGACUUUAAGAAACUGCACAAAGAACUCUGGCAAAUUCACAAGAACUUAUUCCGACAUUCAGAAUUGUUUCCUCCGUUUGCCAAGGGAAUAGUGUUUGGACGAUUUGAUGAAAGUGUAAUUGAGGAGAGAAGACAGUGUGCUGAAGAUCUGCUCCAGUUCUCUGCAAACAUUCCGGCUCUUUAUAACAGCAAACAGCUGGAAGAUUUUUUCAAGGGUGGAAUAAUUAAUGAUUGUUCUGAAUUGAUUGGUCCUGCAGAAGCCUAUUCGGAUUCCCACCCUGAUAGCUUUGCUACAUGUAGUACAGAAGACUUCUCCAGUGACAGCGAUCUGGUGUCUCUCACUGUUGAUGUGGAUUCUCUUGCUGAGUUAGAUGAUGGAAUGGCUUCCAAUCCAAAUUCUCCCGUUAGAACUUUCGGCCUCAGCCUUUCUUCAGAUUCUUCAGCACUAGGGGCUGCAGCUUCCGACAGUGAACAGAACAAAACAGAAGAAGAACGGGAAAGCCGUAGCCUCUUUCCUGGCAGUUUAAAACACAAACUUGGCAAGAGAGAUUAUUUGGAGAAAGCAGGAGAAUUAAUAAAGCUGGCUUUAAAAAAGGAAGAAGAAGAAGACUAUGAAGCUGCCUCUGAUUUUUAUAGGAAGGGAGUUGAUUUACUCCUAGAAGGUGUUCAAGGAGAGUCGAGCCCUACCCGUCGAGAAGCUGUGAAGAGAAGAACAGCUGAGUAUCUCAUGCGGGCAGAGAGUAUCUCCAGCCUUUACAGAAAACCUCAACUCGACGAUUCAUCACAGCCUCCAGGAUCACUAAGUUCAAGGCCCCCUUGGAACCUAAGGAGCCCUGCCGAGGAGCUGAAGGCCUUCAGAGUCCUUGGGGUGAUUGACAAGGUUUUACUUGUAAUGGACACGAGGACAGAGCAGACAUUCAUUUUAAAAGGUCUAAGGAGAAGCAGUGAGUACCGCGGGAACAGAAAGACCAUCAUCCCCCGCUGUGUGCCCAACAUGGUCUGUCUGCACAAGUACAUCAUCUCUGACGAGUCCGUAUUUCUUGUGCUGCAGCAUGUGGAAGGUGGCAAACUCUGGUCCUAUAUCAGCAAGUUUCUGAACAGGAGUCCUGAAGGAAGCCUGGACAUCCAGGACGGGAAAAAGUCCACCCUUAGUCAAGUUCACCUGCAGCAGCCAGCUUCCAGCCCUCAGGACAGCAGUAGUUUUGAAUCCAGAGGGAGUGAUGGUGGAAGCAUGCUUCAAGUCCUGCCUCUGAAGACUAGUCUUACUCCCAGCUCUCAAGAAGAUAGCACUCAGGAGGAUGCUGGCCAGGACAGCUCUCCAGAGUGGCCAGACUCUGGUUCCAGUUCAGAAGAAGAAUGUACUACUAGCUAUCUAACACUAUGCAAUGAAUAUGGGCAAGAGAAGAUUGAGCCGGGGUCUUUAAACGAGGAGCCCUGUGUGAAGACAGAAGAUGUCAAAGCUAUUCAGCGCUUCCCAGCACCCCUUCCUGCUGACCCCGCCAGCCGCAGCACACAGCUGAAGUUCUUCCCUGAAGAUGAUAACCCAGAAGCAGUUAGCUCUCCAAAAACAUCCGAUUCCCUCAGUCGAUCUAGAAGCAGCCCCAUGGAAUUCUUUAGGAUAGAUAGUAAGGAUAGCACUAGUGAACCCCUGGGAGGUGAUUUUGGAGAAAAAUUGUAUAGCCUAAAAUCAGAACCUUUGAAACCAUUCUUCUCUCUUCCCUAUGGAGAGAGUGCUUCCAGGAGUUUGAAUACUGGUGAGGGCAAGGCAGAGCUGAAAGCCCACGACACCAUCAGCCGGGGCUCAAAUGACUCAGUCCCAGUGAUUUCUUUUAAAGAUGCUGCUUUUGAUGAUGUCAGUGGUACUGAAGAGGGAAGGCCCGAUCUUCUUGUAAAUCUUCCUGGUGAACUGGAGCCAACAAAAGAAGCUGCCGCAAUGGGACCUACUAGUUUUGCACAGGCUAAUAUAGGCCUUAUGGAAAGUAAGCUGUUGGAAGCCCCCGAUGUUUUAUGCCUCAGACUUAGUGCCGAACAAUGCCAGCCACACGGAGAAAAAGGCACAGAGGAACUGAGUGAUCCCCAAAGGCCCAAAUCCCACAGUGUAACAGAGAAACACUACGCACAGGAGGAUCUUGGGAUGUUUUUUGUAGCAGCUGUGGAUCACGGUUGUCCGGGAGACAUGCCUUUGUUACCCAGCCCAGAUCCUAAGUUUCAAGGACUCCGAGUGAUUGGGUCAGCACUAACUUCAAACAGCACAGAAGAAAGCUUAUUCCGUCUUUCUAACCCGCUCUCAGGUGCUAAUAAAUAUAAUUCAGAAGAAGUGUUGCUGUUUACAGAUCAGGCUGAUGAUUUGACUAAGGAGGAGCCCACUUCUGUAUUCCAGAGAGACUCUGAGACCAAGGGAGAGAGUGGGGUAGCCCUAGAAGAAGACAAGGAAAUACAUCAGAUUUUUGAGGACCUUGAUAAAAAAUUAGCACUAAGCUCCAGGUUUUACAUCCCCGAGGACUGCAUUCAAAGAUGGGCAGCUGAAAUGGUGGUAGCUCUUGAUGCUUUACAUAGAGAGGGAAUUGUGUGCCGCGAUUUGAACCCAAACAACAUCUUAUUGAAUGAUAGAGGACACAUUCAGCUAACGUAUUUUAGCAGGUGGAGUGAGGUUGAAGAUUCCUGUGACAGCACUGCCAUGGAGAGAAUGUACUGUGCCCCAGAGGUGGGAGCAAUCACGGAAGAAACUGAAGCCUGCGAUUGGUGGAGUCUGGGGGCCGUCCUCUUUGAACUUCUCACCGGAAAGACUCUAGUCGAGUGCCAUCCAGCAGGAAUAAACACUCACACUAUCCUGAACAUGCCAGGAAGCAUCUCUGAAGAGGCUCGCUCGCUCAUUCAACAGCUGAAGGGCUGCAACAACACCAGGUUGGGGAACAGGUCACCAGAUCACAGCUCAAUCAAGAUGACGUCACUCCCUGGAACUGCAGUUCAGCUCUCCGACAGACGGCCUCAUGACAGGAACUGGUGCAGGUGAGACCUAAGAGUGGCUUCCUGUGAGGAUGAGUAGGAAGUGUGCGAACACUUAGUGCUGGCCGUUAGAGAGCUUCCUUCCAGAAGUGCCCUGUGACAUGAGAGCAGGACUCCAAGCUAAGGUGAAGCUCCCUGCCUACCACAUGACUGGGUAGUGUCAACAGAUGGUUGCUUUGUCAGUCUGCUGAACAAUUCCAGUGCUUCACUUUCUCCCACUGUCAUUCUGUUUGUCUGAUUGGAACUUGUGCUUAAUGUAAAUACAUCAUUCCUAAUCACGGUUGACGUGAGUUAUUUUAGUAAUAAACACACAGGUUGAGUGGCUUUGGGCUCAUGAGCCCGAGUCUGUUUUUAUUUGGUGAUGUGCUAGUAUUUUAAGCUCUGAUACUGUGGGUGAUCCUAGUCUUGCUCUUUUUUGUUGUUUUUGUUUAUGUUUGUUUCGUUUUGUUUUUAGCAAGAGUGCGGAAUGUGGGUCAAAAAUUAUGAAAGAAAAUCACUACUUAGUAUUUCUCAUUCAAUUUUAUGUUUUAUUUCUAUAUGAAAUUAAAAAUGUCAUUGAUUAUUAUUUUACUAUGCUCUUUAUAGAAGGGCUUUUCCAAACAAGUUACCAAUAACAUGAUGAUGUCAUGCCACUUAUCUUAGGAUAAGUUAUGAAAAUUUGACAUUUCUAUAUCACACAUGGGUAAGUUAAGCUUCCUAAGUGUUAAAAAAAUGCCAUCAUUUUAGCAAUUUGCUUUAACAAUGACACAAGUUAAUGCUAUGUAAGACAUGAAUAUUUUCAGCUUAAUUGCUAUGAUAACUGAAUUCCUAAUAAUGUAUUUAAACUUGUCUUAAACUCUUUUAAACAGCUACCAUUCAUGUUGUAUUGACCCCUAAGCCUUUCCUGUCCUGUUUCAGAGUUGCUGUGAACCAGGAUUGAGGUUUACUUUGACAUAAUGCAUGCACUGAAGAGUAUAACAUUUGUAAAUAAUACUCAUGGUACGACCAGUAAGACUAUAUUAUGGCCUGACACAUAAUAGGCUUUGGUGAGAUUCACUUGCCUUUAAGUUAUGAAUUCAGAUAGAAAGAAGUCUGAUUAAAGUGCUAGAAGGUUCUUUGCUUCCCAAGAGCCCCCUAGAGUAUCGUUAUUGGACUCGCUUAGGGAUUAUUUUAUAGUGAAGGCCAAGGCAUGAGAUGGAUCAUCUUUCUUCUUAGAGAAGCUGGAUCUAACCUCUGGCAUAUCUAAAUGCCCUGGAUUAUGAAGCCUGCUAUUUCCAGCUCUUUCUCUGAGGAUUGUAGGAUAUAAUGGAAAGUCUUGGCUUGCUCUCCUGGUCCUGUCUCUGACUAGCUAGCCUGGUAACCUUGAUCAAUAACAAUAUUCUAGACCUGUUCCCACAUCUGAGGAAUAAAAGGGGAGGUGAGUUCUAAGAUUCCAUCUAGCUCUACAAGCAUAUGAUGGAUUUUCUAUUUUCAGAGUGAAUUAAUUUGAUAAACUAACUUUGUAGGGAAAGAAAAGGUUAAUGAAACUCUUAAAUGGGUACUUAACUCUUUUGGUGUAAUUCUUUUUCUAGUAAUUCCAGGUACUUGGGUUCCUGCCAUAUACCCUUAGUGGUUACGUGGCUGUAGAAAUUAUAAAUAGAAUGAAAUAUGGAAAGGUUUCUCAGCAGCUGUCCACUGAAAAGGGAGAGUUGAAGGUCAGAGAGAAGUGCGCAGAGGUGAAAGGUUAGGAGACACCUGCAGUUGCCCACUUCUUAGACCUUUCUCAGUGACCAUGAUAGUGUCUCCUCCCCUGUCGCCCUCAUCUAUCACAUUCUAUGAGUUUACCUGACUCAGCCCUUUGGCAGGCAAAUCAGAGUACAAAAUUGAUACUUUCUGUUCCUACUUAAAGCAGAGCAUUAACCUCUACCAGUCUAGGUAAUUUGGAUUUUUGAGUAUUUGAUGAUUACUCAGCUCAUUUUAAGGAUUUCAUGUUAAGCCCUCGUGUUGAAGGGUUACUGAAUGGCAAAAGCUGUGAAGUCAGCUAUUUCUAAAUAAAGUUGUAAACAUAAUAGCAUUAGGGGAAUGGGAAGCAAAGUACUGUAGGUUUUUGUGACUUGGCAUUACUUGUUCUUUCAAGGAAAAUGAAUAGGAAACCAGGGAACGAGCUUCUUUUUGGUAAGAUUUACGAUAGUGGUGUCGGGUUGUCAGAUGGUACAGCCUCAUAUUUUUGGAUCACUUUUGACCUGAGAUCUGUCCCUAUCCCAUGACUUCUUCCCUUGAUCCAGGUAUCUCGUCUCAGGGAGAAAUAGAGGCAGAGAGAAUUUGUGGAGGCUUAAGAGACAAAGUAACCUGAGGGGGGUUGUCCAGAUGAAAUGAAGCAGAGCUCUCAGGAGGUGUGUUGGUCCAGGUAUCUGGAGCAAUACAGCCUUCUUUGUUGAGCUGGAUUUAAAGUGCAAAUUCUUUGUUCUUCCCUUAGGAAGAGUUGGGCAGAAAUUGAAACUUCCUACCAUCCCAGAAAAGAGGUGGCUGAACUGCCUUUUAGGAAAGGAUUAAGUGACACACUUAUCUAGAGUCAGUUUCGUCUUCGUCUCCUUGCUGAAGACAAGUGGUAUGGCUGGUCCUAAAGGCAGAGGCCAUGGGCGUCGGUAAAGGGCUGCUGGGAUUUCUCGGGGGCACGGUUACCUCUUAUCGAAUGUAGUGAGGAGCAGUGACAAAUGAACCAGCUUUGGGCUCACACAGGGUUGCUGGCAUCCUGCUCUUGUAAAUCUCAAGUCAAAAAUUGUCGUAUCAAAAAGUUAACUCUUCUAGGAAUGUUGAUUAAAUUCCUCCCAAAGUUUGGGCAUUGGGUAGCGUUAGGUAUCCACAAGGCAAAGGUUUGACUAGCCCCACCAAAAGAGGCAAACGUUAAAGGCAUUUGAGCAGUUUCAGUGCCAAAAUAAUGGCUGUAAUGUGAAGUUGCCCUUAUCAUAUUGGAGAUGUAUACGUUUGUCAUCAUGUUGUUGGGUGCUGUUGAGUUGAUUCUGACUCGUAGCGACCCCACGUGACAGAGGAGAACUGCCCAACAGCAUUUAUGGAAGUAGAUUGCCAGGUCUUUUCUCCUGUGGAGCUGCUGGUUCCUCUAACCACCAACCUUUCGGUUAGCAGAUGAGCACUUAACCAUUGUGUGACCAGGGCUCCUUUAUAUAAAUAUAGAUGAUUCAGUAGGACAUAGAAAACAAUGAAGAAGAAAAGGAGGUAGUGCUGGCAAAACAUUAAUAAAAAAAAAAUCUGUACAUGGUUCUAGAAAGAAAAUGUUUUAGAUAGUUGAAGGAGCUGCCUUUAGCAAAAAGGUUCUGGUUGACUGAGAAAAUGUCAUUAAAACUGAGCUUUUCUCUCACCUUCUGCCCACUCCUUUCUCUUUUUCUAUUCUUCUCUUUCCACCUGUCUUCACUUCCUCUUCACCGCCUCCCACCCCCAUUUUGGACUUCUCUGGUCACUAAGCAAAAGACUUGGUACGUGCCUUCAAGGGCCUUCUAAAGCUCAGAGGAAGAAAGAAGCAUAGAUAGUAAGUAGGGCAGAGUGUGGCCAGCGUUAAUAGUAAGUAGGACAGAGUAUGGUGGACGUUAAUAAAGUACAGGAGUGUGGUGAGCUUGCAAGGGGAGGUCUGAGGAGCUUCAGGGAUGCUUCCUGGAUUGCAGCAGUAUCUUGAAGUUUGAGUAAUUUUUUAAAUAUAAGGUUUUUAAAAAUUAUGUUUUAUUUUUUUAAGGUUUUGUUUGUGGAGAAGGAAAGUAUUCGGGGGAAGAGACUGUGUAUGAUAGUAUAGAAAUGCUUGGCCAGUGUGUUGGGUGCAUGAAUUGGAAAGGUCACCUGGGGCCAGGUUACAUGCCAGGGAAGAUGUUCGGACUUUAUUCUCUAGGUUGUGGGAAACUAGUGAAGGUUCGUAGAGACGUGGCAUUAUAACCUGCUUUUACAAAGAUAAUUUUAGGCGUAGAAUGGAGACUUAAUUGGAGAAAGAGAGAUGGUAGAGGCAGGGAGAGCAGCUAGGAGCUGUUGCAGAAAUUGAGACUAGAUAAAGUCGUGAGCUAAGGUGGCAGGAUAUGAAAGGGGGGGGGUAUGUAAUCAGACUCUAUUCUGUGUCUCUCAAAACGUACCCAGUAUAGUUUCCCUAUCAAAUAAUUGCUUUCUUUUUUUCUUGAACCAGUACGUAUGAGGAGAUGAUGGAUUUUUUGUUUGUAAAAUCACCCCCAAGGAAUCACCAGAGAGACAAACCAGGAAAGUGUAUACACCCCCGCGCCCCGGAUGAUAGUUACUAUUCAGAGCUUCACACCCCUGGGCCCCAGCUCUCUUUCUUCCAUUAUUUUGUGGCGCUCCUUCCCACUUCUUGCUUUUAUACGCUUGGUUUGCUUUCUCUUUGGACAGUGUUGUGAUCUCUUUGAAGGCAGUGCAUCCGGCUAGGUGGUUUCUUUUGUACCAGACCUCUGGUGUACAUUUAGCUUAGCUCAGUGGUUCCCAAAAAGUGGCCCCCAAUCUGGGUCAAGGGAAUAGGAGUGAUCUUUACUCUUUUGAAAACUUUUACGUUUGAAUUAUUUCCAAAUAA